GGCCGGCCGUGUUAUGAAAGAUCCGAGGAAGUUAGUGUUGAGUAAUAGCAGUCUGCGAGCGAACUUACACAACCUCUGCACAUGUGGAGGUGUGUGUGUUGUGCUGGAGCGGUCCCCUAUAUUUAUCUCUCUUAACGAUAUUUUGAAUAUUUAAAUUCUUGUUUACUUGCAGUGUCUCAUCGCCAUGGUCAAGCGAAAAGGGUCAGCGGACCCGGUUGCUAAAACCGAUACAAAGAGCCAGAAACAAACCCCUAAAGCCAAAGCUGGUGGAGAAAAACGCACAAAAAAAUCAGGUAAAACCACAGCGCGAUGUGCCAGCAAAUAUUUUGGGGACCCCCCCUCUGUGAAGGAGGAGCCUGUCACAGUCACAAUAAGCGACGAUGAUGAAAAUGAGGAUAUCGCCACUCCCCUCAAUGAAGGUGGGGCAACAAUGGCCAAGGUUGAGAAGAAGGAGGAGGAAGACGACAGCGAGGAAGAGGAGUGGGAAGAUGUUGAAGAGCUGGCAGAGCCGCUGUGCGCACAAGCUCAGGGGGAGCCCGUGCUGCCCUCUCAACCUGUGGAGAUCGAGAUCGAGACCCCCGAGCACGCCCGCAAAAGGCAGAGAAGGGAGAAGAGAGAAGCGGACUUUAAUACCUACCUGCGUCGCAUGAUGAACCGAUUCAACAAAGACCUGCAAGUGGACACGCACAAAGUUCACCUCCUGUGCCUGGUGGCCAACGGAAUGUUCCGGAAUCGGCUGUGCAGCGAACCGGACCUGCUGGCUGUCGGGCUGUCCAUGGUGCCGGCGCACUUCACCGCGGUGACGCCCGAGCAGGCUGACGCAGCUUUCCUCAGCAAUCUGCUCCAGUGGUUUCAGUCAACGUUCACCCUGACCCCGGACCUGCCCCAGGACUCGGGAGACAGCCCACACACCGUUCUGGAGCGGAGAUUCCAGACCCUCUCCGCCCGCAAUCACCAGGAAAUGACGCAUCUGUUCCUGAUCGUUCUGCGGUCGCUGCAGCUCUUCUGCCGCCUGGUGCUCUCUCUCCAGCCCCUCCCUCUGAAGCUGCCCUCUGCCAAGGUAGGCCCGCCACACACUGUGCAUAAGAAGCCCUCGGAUGAAACUUUCCCUGCGAAGCAGUUUGAAAAGAGCCCCACUGAGCCCAAAAUCUCCCCAGGGGUGAAGAGGGGAGGGGACAAAAGUGAGGGCCGGGGGGGGCCGGGGGGUAAGAAGCCGCGGAAGAACGGGGUGAAGCAAGAGAAGGAAGCCGAAGCAGCGGGCCAGAGACCCAAGAACUCCCAGCGGCGGCGCGUGGCCUCCAAGGUGUCCUACAAAGAGGACAGCAGCGAGGGGGAGGGGUCCAGCGAGGGGGAGGAGUUCCAGGUGCCCAGCGAGGGAGACAGCGAGGACUCGGACGGAGCAGCCAACCGGCGGCGAAGCAGGAAGGGGAGGGGCAAGGGAGCGGCCCCUCGCAGACGAAGGAGCAAGAAGGAAACGUGUAGUGAGGAGGAGGAGGAGGAGGAAGAAGAGGAAGAGAAGGGGAGAUGGAGGAGGAAGGGGGGCGUAGGGGAGGACGAGUGGCUGGAGGUGUACCUGGAGAGGGUGGGACGCUGGGUGUGUCUGGACAUUCAGAGGACGGAGGUGGGACAGGUGCAGCAGUGCUCCAGACAGGCCACUCAGCCUCUGAGCUACAUUCUGGCUGUGGAUGGGGACGGCUACCUGAAGGAUCUCAGCUCCAGGUAUGACCCUACCUGGAUGACAUCGUCCAGGAAGCGCCGGGUGGAGCCGGAGUGGUGGGAGGAGGCUCUCAGUGGAUUUCAAGGUCCCAAAUCUCAGAGAGAGCAGCGGGAGGACCAAGAGCUCCAGGCCAAGCUUCUGGACAAGCCGUUGCCCACGGUGAUCUCGGAGUUUAAGAAUCACCCACUGUAUGCUCUGAAGAGGCACCUGCUAAAGUAUGAGGCUCUCUACCCCCCCACUGCGGCCAUUCUGGGGUACUGCAGGGGAGAGGCGGUGUACUCCAGGGACUGUGUUCACACCCUGCACUCCAGAGACACUUGGCUUAAAGAGGCACGGACAGUGCGUCUGGGGGAGGAGCCAUACAAGAUGGUGAAAGGCUUCUCUAAUCGGGCACGGAAAGCAAGGCAGGGAUCGGAGCAGAAGGACAAAGAUGACCUGCCGCUCUUUGGUGUAUGGCAGACGGAGGAGUACCAGCCCCCUGUAGCAGUGGAUGGCAAGGUGCCUCGUAACGAGUACGGGAAUGUGUACCUGUUCCGGCCCUGUAUGUUACCUGUGGGCUGUGUCCACGUGCGUCUGCCCAACCUGCACAGAGUCGCCCGCAAGCUGGACAUCGACUGUGCUGCUGCUGUCACCGGCUUCGACUUCCACUGCGGAUUCUCACACCCUGUCACUGACGGCUACGUGGUGUGUGAGGAGCAUCAGGAGGUGCUGCAAGCUGCCUGGGAGAACGAGCAGGAGAUCCUGGAGAAGAAGGAGAGAGAGAAGCGGGAGAAGAGGGCUGUGGAUCACUGGGCUCUGCUGGUGAAAGGACUGCUGAUCCGGGAGCGUCUGAAGCGACGCUACGGGAGACAGAAGGCGGAGCUUCCACAGACCAAGGAGGGCGACGGAGAGCUGUCCUCGGGGGAGGAGGACAACGCUGAGGCGGACAGCCCUGCUGCGACCCUGGCUGCCUCCUGGCCCCAGAACCGCCAGGAGGCAGAGACUGCCGGGGAUGCCAAACCAGUGAGCAAACGGGACAAGAGGGGCCAGGAGAAGCACCUCUUCCCCUUUGAGAAAGUGUGAGACAUGCGCACAAGCACGUGCACGCAGACACAGUCACACACACUGUUCGGAGUGCUCUUUCAGACACUGCCCUGUAUGAACCUGUUAGAGAUCUGUGUGUAUGUUUGGCAAAUGAGCCAGAGAAACUCCAAAAGACAGCAGAGAGGCAGCACCUGCCCCCCUGGCUUUCCUGUGCGCUCCCCUCCAUGCCCCCAAACCCCACUGACCCUCUCAGUCUUCAGCCUCCCUCACGCAUCUGUUCCCCACGCUCACCUUCUUCACCAGUCUCUUUGUAGCUCAGGUGAUUCAUGUUGAUUCUUCCAGAUAAAUAAUCAAUGUUUUUGUAUCAUCUCAGAAUAUUUUUGUCAAAGAUUUGUAAUAAAAAAAU